CGCUUUGGACGUGUACGUUGAUGAUACCCCGGUUAUCGACUACAUGAGAGCGAACGAGCGAGAAUGCCUCCUAUCCGUCAUGGGCAAGCCGUUCGGACAAGAUGCUUACACUAUAGGUUUCGCCAAGAAAUUUUUCCUGAAAGCCGAGAUUUCUCAUGCAAUACUGGAGAUGUCUGAGUCAGGAAAAGUUGAUCGCCUGCGGGAGAGGUGGUACGGCUCCUUGCAUUGUUUUCGGCAGCCCCACAAGCGCCCUCCUCAGAAAUUGUCGGAGUUAAACAUGGCAGGCAUGUUUGUAAUGCUCGGCUUCGGAGUGAUUUCCGGGUUGCUGGCUUUCCUCGCCGAAUGGAUCGUCUACAAGUGGCUUGUACCCUACGUACGUCAUCAGCCUCCAAGUGCCUGCAAGCGACACAUCGUAUCUCUACUAGCCUUCCUUAAUACCAGCGUGUAUCUGGCCGCGACGCGCGAGUGUCGGGUCUCAGACCUAGUUGGCAAGAUUCAGAACAUACGAACGAUCUACAAGGCUCACUACGCAGACAACACCGAUGACCACCAACACGCUUUCCACAACACGGUGCGCCCCCUGGAGAGCGAUCCAGCUGUAAUUCCAAUGCGGACGGUAGAUGGAGCCACGGGUGACGGAGAUUCUCGACACGAGCAGCCGUCGAUAGCCGAGCGCAAUCAGAAAGCGUCUGCUCUCUCAGAAGCAUCAUCACGUGGUGGAGGCAUAACGGCAGGCGUGUGUGCGCUGUGCAGCUGUAAACUAAGAUCGACGGACAGGAGGUCGAGUGCCAAUUACGACACGGUGAGCCUUCCGGGCACGCUAGAGGGCGCUAAGAGCGCUAAGAGCACCGACGGGGAGCCGUCGGAAUCCGACUCAGAUCAGAUACCAGCGCUACUGCUGCAGCAGAACAUUCGCAUAAGUAUGUCCGUGAAGGGAAACCACGACAUCAAGGUCGCGUGGACGAAGCCUUAGCAGUAGAUCGUCAACCACACACCCAGGACUUCCCAUAUGCUAUAGCUGCUGCGUAGACUAGAAGACCCGUCUAUCGCAUAUAGAUCCUAUCAAGAGCGUAUUAAGAAGGUUCUUGAGAAGGUGCUUAAGAAGCCUUCUUUAUACGCUCUUGAUCCUAUUUAUAGGCCGUCCCACGCGCACGCGGAAUUCACCACGGCAGCCAUUUUGAAGGAAAAGACAGCGGUGCGAUAGCAGCAGCUGAAUUACAUAUUGCUAUUGUAGCGUUAUGUGUGGCUUUGGAUGCUCAACUCGGCAAGGAAAUAGCCAGAUCUACAUUUCCUUUUAGAUUCUCUGGUUCUCAUACAUUAUUCAAUAAAAUUUCUUCAUUAUACGCUUAUAUUACUUAGUUCGACGCUAGAGAACCUGGUGGUUAGAGGUGAAAGCGCGUUUCCAAUGACGCAGGAAUGAUGCAGACCUCACUGCAGUUAUAUCUCUGGCGGAUCCUUAUACAACAGUGUCCGGUGUAGGCCUAGUGCGACCUCCCCACCCCAUCUGACAAGUUUACCCACUUUAUAGGCCUACAUUGUGCAUGGGCAAAAAAAGAUGAAACCCCCCAUGCGGCAAUCAAAUGCGCGACGCCCGCUGCUAGACACGCGAACUUGGUUUCUCAUGUGUAAAGGGGUACACAUAGCCGUUGCGUUCUCACGUUACUAAACACGACUGCCAUUCUGUGUGCGCGCAGGUGUGUAUAUAUAAUGCUAAAAAGAAUGGUACACGUGUAUUGGGAUGUUGGUUCGGGUGUCUACGGACGCCGUGUAGUGGAAUGUGUAAUACGUGCAUCACAUAUUUGCAUAUGUGUUUUUGCAGCAGGCUUAGAGAUGUGAAAUAAAAGCAGCAUCUAUAAACAAAA